CUCUCUCUCUUUCACCCUCUCCUUCAGAUCGCUACCUCAACCAUUCCUCCUUCCCUUCUUACUCUACAGAUAGACUGCAUUAGAUUAUCAUAACACCACAUUCAUAAUGGCAUCAGCCGUACCUACCCCCGCUCGAGUUAACCCUGAAGACAUCCCAGGCAGUCACGCUGCUGCUGCUGCUCAAGCCGAUGGUUCCAAGGCUGAAGCCAAGAUGGACAUCAACGUCCUUCUCACCAACACUGACAAAGCUGCCCGCGACAGCGCUGCAAGCGAGUUAGUUAACAUUGUCAAAAUCGAAGGUCCCCAGGCUUUUGUUCGUCUCGGUCUUUCUGACGCGAUCGUCAAAGGUUUGACCGACAAGAAAAACGCCACCGCUCGUGAGGGUGCCUGCACACUUUUGAGCAGUUUGUGCGAAGCUGGCGUUGGUCAUGCUGUCGAACCGUUCGUUUUCACUCACAGCGACUCGGUGGUACUUAACGAGCUUUUGGAGGUUCUCGGUGACAAACUUCCGGUCGUCCGUGAUUCUGCCCUCGCCGCUCUCAAGAGCCUCGUCAAGAUCAUGACCCCAUGGGCCUUGCACUUGAUUCUCCCCGUCUUACUCACUCAAAUCGCCAAUGCCGGUAAAUGGCAAGUCAAGACUGGUGCUCUCGAAAUCUUGGACGAGCUUGUCGUCAGUUCUGCCGAUCAAAUGUCCAAAGCAAUGCCCGACAUCGUACCUGUUUUGGCUGCUGCCAUCUGGGAUACGAAAGCCGAUGUCAAAAAGGCAGCUCGUGCCUCUUUGACUAGGGCUUGUGCUUUGGUAUCGAACAAGGAUAUCGAAAAAUUCAUUCCUGCUUUGAUCUCUGCUUUGAUCAACCCGGUCGAAGAAGUACCAAAGUGUAUCCAGCUGUUAGCUGCUACCACUUUCGUAUCCGAAGUCGAUGCACCAACGCUUUCUCUCAUGGUACCUCUUCUUACAAGAGGAUGUAACGAGCGACCUACACCUACCAAGCGUAAAGUCGCCGUGAUCACGGACAACAUGGCCAAACUUGUCGACUCGGAGGUCACUGUCCGACCCUUCAUUCCCCAACUCCUUCCCGCCCUCAUGAAGAUGGCCGAUGUCACCGGUGAUCCUGAAGCGCGUGGUGUUGUCAACAAAGCCAUCGCAACCGUCCGUGAGGUCGGAAAAGUCCCAGCCGACUCUGAUGGAACCAACAUGCCGCCUUUCAAGAAGCACUCUCCUGCUGACACGGCUAAGGCAUUUGUCGCAUCCAUCAAGAAGGCCGGUGGUAGCAGCCAACGGGCCGCCACCAGCACAGACUCUCCCCUUGUCAUCUUUAUCUCUGAGAUCGGAGCUGCGCUAGUGAACGCUCGUAACUACGAGCUCACCGAGUGGGAGUCCGCCCUUGUCCCAUAUGUCACCUUGGCCUUCGAUCCUACAAUUGCCGUUCAGAAAGCUCCAGGUGUCGUACGAGAAGUGCUCGAGCAAAGUGCCAAGGAAGAAGGUGACGUCGUUGAAGUAUUUGAAGAUGAAGAAGAGGGCGAGGACUUGUGUAACUGUACCUUCUCUCUUGCUUACGGAGCCAAGAUUCUUCUCAACACCGCCACUUUACGAUUGAAGCGAGGUCACCGUUAUGGGCUUUGUGGAAGAAACGGUUCUGGCAAAUCUACUCUCAUGCGUGCCAUCCACAACGGACAAGUUGAAGGCUUUCCGUCCCCCGAUGAAGUUCGAACAUUCUACGUUGAACACGAUAUUGACGGAUCCGAGGCCGAGAUUGCAAUCAUUGAUUGGAUAGACUCUGACACCCGUAUCCAAGCCACUCGAGACGAGAAAUCCAAGGCGCUAGCUGAGGUCGGUUUCUCUCCGGACCGACAAGGACAUGCCAUCGGAUCACUCUCUGGUGGUUGGAAGAUGAAACUUGCUCUUGCCCGAGCAAUUCUUUUCAAGGCCGAUAUCUUGCUGCUUGAUGAGCCUACCAACCAUUUGGAUGUGCUCAACGUUCAAUGGCUGAUGGACUACUUGAAGUCUCUUGAGACUUGUACCUCGAUCAUCGUCUCUCACGACUCAGGCUUCUUGGACAAUGUUUGUACCGACAUCAUUCACUUGAACCGAUUCAAGAUCAAACGUUAUCCUGGUAACUUGCAAGCCUUUGUUCAACGUGUACCGGAGGCCAAGGCCUAUUACGAACUCUCAGCUCUUGAAGAAUAUCAAUUCAAGUUCCCUGACCCACCUUUCUUAGAUGGUGUCAAGACCAAGGAAAAGGCGCUGAUGAAGAUGAGGAAAGUCGGAUUCCAAUACCCUGGCUCUCCUGCUCAACAAUUGUACGAUGUUACCCUGCAAGUCUCCCUCAGUUCGCGUGUCGCCGUCUUGGGUCCCAAUGGAGCUGGUAAAUCUACCUUGGUGAAGUUAUUGAUUGGUCAACUCGAACCGAACAAGGGUGGUGAUGUAUGGAAGCAUCCUAACUUGGUCAUUGGAUACGUUGCCCAACAUGCUUUCCACCACAUCGAUAACCAUCUAGACGACACCCCGCUCCAGUACCUCCUCAACCGAUACCAAACUGGAGAAGAUAUCGAGGAAUUGCAAGCUGCCAACCGACAGUUGACUGCAGAGGAAGAGAAGAAGAUGAAGGAAGGUGGAGUAGUGGUAGUCGAAGGCCAAAAACGAUUCAUCGAAGACAUUACCAACCGAAAGAAAUUGAAACAAUCCUUCGAGUAUGAAUGUUCUUUCAAAGGCUUGUCCUCAUCAGAGAACAUCUGGCUUGCAAGAGAUGAGUUGAUCAAGAGAGGUUUCGAGAAGAAGAUUAUUGAAGUUGAUAGUCGUGAAGCUCAAAAGGCUGGAUUAUUGAGACCCUUGGUCCGAAAGGAAAUUGAAAACCACAUGUCUAUGUUUGGUCUUGAGGCUGAGUUUGUUACUCACAACACAAUGCGUGGUCUGUCUGGAGGUCAAAAAGUCAAGGUUGUGUUAGCUGCUGCUACAUGGCGACGACCUCAUGUGGUGAUCUUGGACGAACCUACCAAUUAUCUUGAUCGAGAGUCGCUCGCCGCGUUGAUCGAGUCAUUGAAGACAUUUGAAGGUGGUGUCUUGGUGAUCACUCACAACCGAGAAUUCUCGGAAUCGAUCUGUUCUGAAGUAUGGGCAAUGAGAGAUGGUUACCUUGAAGCCUCUGGUCACAACUGGACCGAAGGACAAGGAUCAGGUCCAAGAAUCGAUAAAGGCAAAGAAGAUGAGGAAGAUCACUUUGAUGCCUUGGGUAACAAGAUUGAUGCUCCAAAGAAAGCCAAGAAAUUGACUUCUAAAGAUGAGCGAAAGAAGAAGAAAGAGAGGAUGGCCAGAAAGAAAGCUGGAAUCGAAAGUGAUGAAGAGGAUCUUUGAGACCAAAACGGCUGUGAAAAGGGGGAGUUAUAUCUAGCUCACCCUGUCGAUCAUUCCAUUCAGUCUUUUUCAUUCUUCAUUGCAGUUUUGUGAUUUCCAUUUUGUUUGUCAAAUGAUUGAUUGAAUUAGAAUCAUCAUCAUGAUCAUGAUCACAUAGAGUACUUGGUUUCUUUUCUGUUCUCAAUCCAUUUGAAUCAAUUAAAAAAGCUCACUUGUUCACGCGUAUAGAGUAUACCACCAGCAAAAAGAAUAGAUUUAUGAUGUAGAAUUGAGAACAUUCUUUUCUUAAUAUUUCUUUUAGCACUGAAAGAUAAUAUUUGUGAUGACUACAUACAUGCUUGGAUGAUUGGAAAAGACUUCUUUUGAAAUGUUGGUCUUGGUUGAGG